AUGGCCACUACCCUUAACACUGCCAAUGAAUUCAUACUUCUAUCUUUACCUUUGAAUGCAAAGCCUACCACUUCUGUAAAGGAUGAUACCGAUUCUUGGUUACAGAAUACUUUAAAUGGUGGUAAAACUUUUGUAUCUAAUUUUGAAAUUCCUGAGUUUAAGAUUGGUUCUCUGGAUAAUUUGAUUGUAGAUUCUGAGGAUUUGAGCAAGAUCGAUAACCAAAUUGGUGGGUUUGUUGUCAAGAUUGUGGAGAUCUUAGCCAGUUUGAAUGAAACAGGCUCCAAGACAAGUUAUAAGACUAUUUCCAUUAACAAUACUCCAGUUCAAGAAUAUUUAGAAAAUUUUAAGUGGGAUUCUAGAAAAUUUAAAUUUGAUAAGUCAAUUAAGGAAUUAAUUCAAGCCAUCGCUAAUGAGUCAAUUCAGUUAGAUAAUGAUGUAAGAGCUACCUAUACAAAUUAUACUAAUGCUAAGACCAACUUGGCAGCAGCAGAAAGAAAGAAAACUGGUGACCUGUCGGUCAGAUCACUUCAUGAUUUAGUGAAACCAGAAGAUUUCAUCUUAAAUUCAGACCAUUUGACCACUGUAUUGAUUGUAGUACCAAAGAGUUUGAAGCAUGAUUUUGAAUCAUCCUAUGAAUCCCUUUCACAAAAUGUGGUACCUGGUUGUGCCAGCAUUCUUUCUACCGAUUCAGAAUAUAUUCUUUACAAUGUCCAUUUGUUUAAAAAAAUAGUACAAGAAUUCAUUGCUAAUGCCAGAGAGAGAAAAUUCAUUCCAAGAGAAUUCAAUUAUUCAGAAGAAUUAAUCGAUCAAUUGAAACAAGAACAUGAUAAUGCUGCUAGUCUUGAACAUUCUAUUAGAGUUCAACUAGUCAGACUAACAAAGACAGCUUAUUCCGAUAUCUUUAUGAAUUGGUUCCAUAUUAAAGCAUUACGAAUUUAUGUUGAAUCUGUGUUACGAUAUGGUUUACCACCACAUUUUAAUACCAAAUUAAUUGCUGUACCACCAAAGAACUUGGCAAAAUGUAAAGCUGAAUUGAUCGAUGCUUAUGGAUAUUUGAGUGGGAAUGCCUUUGCCAAGAAUAAGAAGGGGAAGAUUGACAAAGAAGAUGUCUCCUUGAACCAAUACGCCUCUAUGGUUGACACAGAAUAUGAACCAUUUGUUAUUUACACUGUCACGUUAUAG